UUGUAGCUAAUCUCCUCCUCCUUUCCCUACAUUUCCAUUACACGAACCAGGGACCAUGUUGUUUGCUUGUGCUAUUAUUGCUCUCAUUAUUGUGCUUUUCAGCCACUGGGUAUACAGAUGGAGAAACCCCAAGUGUAACGGCGUAUUACCGCCAGGCUCGAUGGGAUUACCAAUUAUAGGAGAAACAAUUGAGUACUUCACCCCUUAUGCAUCGGAUGAUGUUCCACCAUUCGUACAAAAAAGAGCGGCUAGGUACGGACCAAUUUUUCGCACGAGUAUAGUUGGGCAGCCAGUCGUUGUAUCAACUGAUGCUGACUUCAACUUCCGCGUCUUCCAGCAAGAAGGUAAUGGGUUUGUUUGGAUUGUUUCAUAUUUCCCCAAUUUUAUUUGUUUAUCCCAAAUAACUUACAAUCCAAACAGACCUAAUGCUUUCCAAAUUUGGUAUACUGAGAGUCUCUUCCAGAUAAUUGGGAAACAAAGUGUACUUGCCCAUCAUGGAGGCUUCCACAAGUACCUCAAGAGCUUAACGUUCAAGCUUGUUAGCCCCGAAGCCUUAAGAGAGAAGCUAAUAUAUGAAAUGGAUGCCAGCACUCAAGAAUCUCUAAGUUCUUGGAGUAAACUUGGAAAAUUAGAUGCUAAAGAUGGAACAUCAGAGUUGGUAUUUAAAUAUGCUGCCAAGAAGAUGCUUGGCUAUGAAGAAAGCAAGGAUCAGCAAAAAUUGAGAGACAGUUAUAAGGCAUUCAUGGAUGGCUUGAUCUCAUUUCCUCUCAACAUCCCUGGAACACCGUUCCAUGCUUGCUUACAAGGACGUAAGAAAGCAAUGAAGGUCAUCAAGGACAUCUUUGAGAAGAAGCGCUCGGGCAAUGACACUUCGAAAGACUUUGUGGACCAUUUACUUGAGCAAAUAAAGAAAGAAGACACUUUUUUGAAUGAAGAAAUUGCGAGGGACCUGGUAUUUUUGUUUCUAUUUGCUGCCCAUGAAACGACUUCAACAGCUUUGACUGUGGCCUUGAGGUAUCUAGAUGGCCAUCCACGUGUUAUGGCUGAACUAAAGAGAGAGCAUGAAAAUAUUCUUCAAAUGCGAGAAACAGAAGGUUCUGUUAUUUCUUGGAAAGAGUACAAGUCUAUGACUUUCACACACAUGGUUAUAAAUGAAACACUUAGGCUUGCAAAUAUUACUCCUGGGAUUUUGCGCAAAGUUGUCAAGGAAGUUGAAGUAAAAGGGUAUACAAUUCCUGCUGGCUGGACGGUAAUGGUUUGUCCAUCAACUGUUCAUUUGGAUCCUAAUGUAUAUGAAAACCCCCAUGAAUUUAACCCAUGGCGAUGGGAGGGCAAAGAAUUACACAUGGGAUCAAAAAAUUUCAUGGCAUUUGCUGGUGGUACGAGGCUUUGCGUUGGUGCUGACUAUGCCAAGGUGCAGAUGUCAAUUUUUCUGCAUUACUUGGUCACAAAAUACACCUGGAGAGUUACCAACGGAGCAGAGAGAAUCCGGACACCUACUGGUAUUUGUUACCCCAAGGGAUUGCACAUGGAGAUUUCAGAGAACAAAUAGAUUUUAAGCCGGGCGCGUACGAAUAAAGCCUGUACUUUCAGAAGCGUAUUUAUGAUGCAGUAAUUUACCGUCAUAUUGUAAUUUACCUUUCAGCUGAGUUUCACUACAUUGCAAUAUUGUAAGUGCCUAAUAAACAACAUUUUACGUGGUAUCUUU